ACUUUGUAGAGUAGCAGUUACAGCACUAAGCCAUCGGAUCCGGCAGUGAGACAAGCUUAACUGAUCCCAGCUCCUGUGCAGAAAUACUUCCCAGCUACUGCAGCAGAGAUGGCAGAGGAGUACACCAAGGCAAAAAUCAUGGAAAUGAGAAAAAAGCACAUUGGGCCCUCGUGCAAAGUGUUUUUUGCAAAUGAUCCAAUCAAGAUUGUGCGUGCAAGGGGACAGUACAUGUUUGAUGAAAAAGAAGCGAGAUACUUGGACUGCAUAAAUAAUGUUGCUCACGUUGGUCAUAGUCACCCUGAGGUAACGAAGGCUGCUUUAAAACAGAUGGAAUUGCUAAACACCAAUUCCAGGUUUCUACAUGACAACCUUGUCCGGUAUGCUGAGUGCCUUACAUCCACCCUUCCAGAGAAGCUUUCAGUCUGCUAUUUUGUUAACUCAGGCUCAGAAGCCAAUGACCUUGCACUGCGUCUGGCACGACAGUACACUGGCCAUCAGGAUGUGAUAACUCUCGAUCAUGCCUACCAUGGACAUGUAACUUCCCUGAUUGAUAUUAGUCCUUAUAAAUUUCACCAGCUGGGAAAGGAUGCACAGAAGGAGUAUAUACAUGUGGCUCCUCCUCCUGAUACUUACAGAGGAAAAUACAGGGAAGAUCAUCCAGACCCUGCAUCAGCUUAUGCUAAAGAAGUAGAUUAUAUCAUUAAGAAAGCUCAUCAGAACAAACGUCAGAUUGCUGCUUUUAUUGCUGAGUCCAUGCAGAGUUGUGGAGGUCAAAUAAUCCCACCAGCAGGCUACUUCCAGAAAGUGUCAGAGUUUGUCCAUAAAGCAGGGGGAGUCUUCAUAGCGGAUGAAGUUCAAGUUGGCUUUGGAAGAGUUGGCAAACAUUUUUGGAGCUUCCAGCUACAAGGAGAAGAUUUUGUACCAGAUAUUGUCACCAUGGGAAAGCCAAUAGGCAAUGGGCACCCAAUGUCCUGUGUUGUAACUACAAAAGAAAUUGCAGAAGCCUUUGGAGCAACUGGGAUGGAAUACUUUAAUACGUUUGGAGGAAAUCCUGUAUCCUGUGCAAUUGGACUGGCCGUGCUGGAUAUUAUUGAAAAAGAAGAUCUCAGGGGGAAUGCUACUACAGUGGGGAAUUAUUUGACUGAGCUAUUGAUUGAGCAAAAACAAAAGCACCCUUUAAUAGGAGACAUCAGAGGGGUUGGCUUGUUUGUCGGUGUGGAUUUGGUUAAGGACAGAUUGCUUAGAACUCCUGCAACUGCUGAGGCCCAGUAUAUAAUAUAUAAGUUAAAAGAAAAACGAAUCCUACUGAGUGCUGACGGCCCUCACAGAAAUGUUCUGAAAUUCAAGCCUCCAAUGUGCUUUAACAAGGAGGAUGCUAAACUGGUUGUAGAUGAAAUUGAUCAAUGUCUUACAGCUCUUGAAAAAGCAAUAGGAAUCCAAUCAAAUGCUGGUUUACAUGAAAAAAACCCAGCCAAGAGAAAGGUGCAUCAUGAAAAUUCAGGGAGUACCAACACAAAAGAUGAGGAAACAUGUUCCAGUAACUUACAAGAUAGCAAUCCAAACGACAAUGCCUGCAGACAAAGCAACGGGCUGCAUCCUGAAAGCCCCACAGUCACACGUAAAAGAAUAAGAACAUAAAGAAGCAUCUUCAAACUAUUUUUAUAUGCUCAUAACUCUCAGUUCUGCCUGCUGGGGCUACUGGGCAACAGUAACAAAUGAAGACUGCUGGUAUAGUUUGCCGAAGGGUUGUUAAAUUUGUGUUGCCAAUGUAUAGUGUAUGUAGAACACACGGUUUGUUUGUUUGUUUUAUUCUGUAUUUGCAAUUUCAGUAUAUCAUAUUGGAAUUGCUUAUUUUCCCAUGUUUUAAUGGCUUAGAUUUAAAGGAACAGUUUAGUGUAAAAAAAAAAUUGGAUAUAAAAACUGUGCAAAUAAAAAUGUUUCUAAUAUAGUUAG